CAACGGUUGAGAUGCAACCGCUGCCUGAUCCAAAUCCCAUCGACGGAUGGCAUUCUCUGAUAAACACGCCCUUCAAAAAAUGAGGCUAAUGAGAACUAGGGUUUUUGGCAAAAUUUAUAUAUAACAUUCUUGCUAUCAAAUAGAACGUAUCUCUCUCUACAUUUUCAAUUUCAUCUUUAUUUCUUCUGUUGAAUUACGAGCCAUGGGCAAGGGACCUGGACUGUACUCUGAUAUCGGCAAAAAAGCUAGAGAUCUGUUGAACAGGGAUUUUCAGAGCGACCAUAAGCUGACAAUCACCACCGUAUCUCCCACUGGUGUUACUCUUACUUCAUCUGGAACUAAGAAGGGUGAGUUGUUUUUGGCUGAUAUCAACACUCAGCUGAAGCACAAGAAUGUCACCACUGAUAUUAAAGUGGAUACAGCUUCCAACCUCUACACCACUCUCACGAUCGACGAGCCUACCCCUGGCCUGAAAACAAUCUUCAGCUUUCGAGUUCCUGAUCAGAGGUCUGGAAAGCUUGAACUCCAAUACCUCCAUGACUAUGCUGGGCUAAGCUCGAGUGUUGGUUUGACCGCUAAUCCCAUAGUCAACUUCUCGGGAGUUGUGGGCAACGACAAACUUGCUCUCGGUGCUGAUGUGUCCUUCGACUCCAAGGACGCGACUUUCACCAAAUGCAAUUUUGGAGCAAGCUUCACCAAUACAGAUCUUAUAGCGGCUUUGACUCUGAAUGACAAGGGUGACAAGGUGAGUGCAUCAUACUACCACACGGUGAGCCCACUCACCAACACAGCUGUGGGUGGUGAGGUGACUCACAGCUUCUCGAGCAAUGAGAACACUAUCACGGUUGGGACCCAACACGCGCUUGACCCAUUGACCACAGUCAAAGCUCGAGUCAACAACUCUGGCAAGGUGAAUGCUUUGAUUCAGCAUGAGUGGCGCCCAAAAUCGCUAAUCACCUUGUCGACUGAGGUGGACACUAAGUCCAUUGACAAGAGUGCCAAGUUUGGGCUGGCUUUGGCACUCAAGCCAUGAGAGUUUGGGUUUUGAUGGUUUUUCGCGUCCCUUAAAUUGGGAUGGUUUUGGUUCCCUUGGAUGGUUCUUUUAUGCAGCAGCGUAUUUUGGUUCUUGUGGAAAUAAUCAUAUGACUUUUAUUACUCGAACGAUUUACUACUAGUUUUUGAGGUUUUUUAUGGAUUAUUGAACCUUUGUAUCUUCUUCUGGCUUAGGCUUUGGUGGUCCUCUUAUUUCUGAAAUCAAGUCUUUAUCUUAUUUCUAUUUGUUCUUUCUGACUUAUGCUUUGGUCCUUUUGUUUCUUAUCAUGUCUUAUCUCAUUUCUGUUUGUUCUUUCUGGUUUAUGCUUUGGUGGCCAUAUUUCUGCAAUCAAGUCUUCUCAUUUUUACUUGUUCUUUCGGCUUUUGCCAUUAUGAGUAUGAAAAUGUAUCAAUUGAUUAUGUGAUUAGGG